ACAGCUGACCUGUGUGAUUCUGCAGAAAUGUUCAGUUUCUGCAGGAACGUCUGACUCAGGCUGGACGACCGAAAUAACCCGAGCAGGGUUGGCUGCACAACCAGACGACUAACAAAUGUGACCGUUACUGUCACAAUAAUCAGAUGUUUGCAUCGAUCUCAUCUCUCCUGCCCCCUCGUGUUAAUCAAUACGUCCCAACCAAACUACCCAGUGGGCUCCAGGGGGGAGAUGGGACAAAAUGAGAAAGUGGUACACUGUGAUGGAAACUGUUGGGAAGGGAGGCGGGGGAGAGGAGCCUAUGAGAAUAGAGUGAGAGAAGAAAAGAGGCUGAGACUAGAAACUCCAUCAGAGCUUCAUCUCUCAUAGCAUCCAUCCACACAGGCAGGCUCUUCCUUUCGGCUUAUCCCAGGAAUAAAACCUUAGAGAUGGACGCUGAUGAGGCCAAAUCUCCCUCCAACACGAUUGUGCUGGAGUUCAAAGAAGACACCGCGCUGACAGAGAUGAUGCGCCUUCGCGUGUCCUCCCUGCAGCGGUCAGGGCAGAAGCGUCAGGACGGCGAGCGUCUGCUUCUGCCCUACGAGGCCGUGUAUCGGCUGGACUUCGCCAUCCAGGAGCUGAACUUCUCCCGCUGGUACUUCUCCCUCUCCGGCUACGGCCGCGUCACCAUCACCGGUAUCUGCCAGCACUGGACCCCCGACCUCACCAAUCUGAUGACCCGGCAGCUGCUGGAGCCCAUUGGAACAUUUUGGCGUAAUGCCGGCGACCCCGAGGACUCGCAGCUCAAGUGCCUGGAGGCGGAUAUGCAGGAAUUCGGCGAAAGGAUUGCAGAGCUCGCCAAAGUCAGGAAGGUCAUGUACUUCCUGCUUGCUUUCAAGGAUGGGGCCGAGGUGGCGAAUCUCAACUGCUCGAUCGAGUUCACGACAGAGAAAUGACUUUUAUUUAGUGCCAGUAGAAUCCUGAUAGAGUCCAGAAGAAGCCUUUAAAAAUUUAUAUUCUAUCAGCCAUUGUUUUACUGUUGAUUAGAAAAACCUGACAACUCUGUUUCAACCAAUCAGGGAUAGAUGAGCUUAAACAUUCUCCCUCGAACUAGUUAAACAGUAACUCUCGUUCUAUCUUUGAGUGUAAGUAAGACGCCUGUUUGAUUUUUUUUAACAACAAGUUACAUAAACACCAAAAACAGGCUUUAAAGCAAAAGUAUUUCAACACAAAAGCAACAUUUUUAGUGAAAAUAAAACCUGAAACGAACACAAUGACAAGAGAAAGAAAACAAAUGCUCUGAAUUAACACUUAAUAUGCUUUUAUAUAUGUUGGUGCUAAUUAAAGGGACAGUUCACCCCAAUGGAUGCAGUCCGGUUUCUCUAUUUCACAGACAUAAGAUCCAUUUGUCAGUGUGUAAAAAACAACUACAUUAGAAAAUUAUAGAAGAUAUCAAGCAAGAUGAAGAGCCUGGUAUCAAAUUAUAGGUACAAAGAAAACUUUUCAUAUGUUUUAACUGGUUUGAAGCCCACGUGGUGAUAUGAGUCUCCAAACAUUCUCCAGUAAACAAUCAGAAACAUUCAGUGUAUCAAUGCUGGUUUCUGUUACAAUGUAUCACAUCUGAGAAGUUUUGCUAUUGAAACUAUGCUAAAUACAAUGUUACUGAUGCUCGCAGGUCUAUCUACUAGAUUAUUUAAUUAGGUUUCAUAUAAUAAAUAUUGACAGUUUUUAGAACCUCUAAAGUUUUCUGAAAUUAUUUACCUUUGAAUAAAAACACUAAAAAAAACAAAAACAACAACUUAUGAUCAGCUGACUGUUUUAACAACAUGUCGAUUACUUUGUUUUGUGACUGUUGACUUGCUGCAGUUGUUGUUUCGUUGUUUCUUAUUCCUUUCAUUGUUUCUAUAGAUAACCAAAUAUUUCCACUGCAUGCCUGCUGAUAGAAAGAGAUCAAUGGUGUGACGCCAAUUAAAUAACCACUGAAAGCCGUGUGUGUGUUCUCAUUGGUGCUGGUUUUUAUUGGUGUUACUGAGCAGGAAAGAAGUAACGAGGGUGGGGACAGUCGUACACAGUGAGGAUGUAAGGAGGCAACAGUGGAGGAACUUAAACGUAGUUACAGCACUUCAGAAAGACAUCUACUGUAAUGAAAUUUAUUCCCCACGCUUUGCAAUUCAUUAUUGUAAAUGUUUUUAACAAAUGAUCAGACAAAGGAGGGGUUGUGGUUGUUUAUAAUUUAAACACUCUUUGGAUCUUCAGAUAAAGCUCCAGAGUGUGAUCAAAGUGUGGGUGGGCUCUUUAGUUUUUUAAAAGAAGCCAAAUUAGUCUAAUUAUAGAUUGAAUGCUGUGUUGAGGCUGUCAUUUUCAGCAUCUAUGUGUAUGUUAAAAUUAAAUUGCUCACAAUAAUUAUUUUGUCUGAGCUGAGCACCAAAUUAGAUAAAAAGUUUGAGAAAUCAGAAACUCAGAGUAAGUGUCAGGUAGAUGAGAGAUAAAAAUAAAACUGGUUUUUGAGUUUUCUAAUUAGCAUUGACAUAUCUACAAGUAAGGCUUUAGAUAAGUAAAACUCCACCCACGACUUUAUCCAGCAUCAAAAACCUAAAUGAAACAGAGCUUUUAGAUCAGUGUGGACUCACAGGGAUUGUGCACUGACCGCAUUACUGGAAACUCAGGCCAUGGUCAGCAGUGUUUUCCCUGCUCAAAAUGAGCCCUUGAGGGAGUCUACUAACGUUAGCACAAUGGGUCAUAGUUAAGACACCCACUGUUUACAUGUUACACUCUACACCUGUUUAGCCGCUUGAUAAACAAACUAUUUUAUUUUAAAAUUUCUAUCAGGUCAUUUCCUGUUUUAUUUUGUUAUUGUGGGUACUUGUCUGUUCCUGUCAGCUCUACUUCCUCCCUGCGUUUAGCUUCUCUUUGCUCGCUGCCAGAUUGAGCUGUGCUGCUUGUCAGGACUAGUCGAGCUUUCUAGGAACACAGGAAUUUGUGUUCUUGCAUUCGUUCGUCUGAACCUCAUUUAGAUUGUUUGUCACACCAUCUUCUUCCCAUGUGUGCCCACUACACAUUUUUGGACUUUUAGACUGUCACCUUCUGCCACGUUUACUAAAAAAGUAAAUUAAACCUACUUAUAAAUGAUCAGAAAUAAUCUUUAUUACAGUUCUGCUGAUUUUCCUACAAGUUUUCCUACACCUGUGUGUCUAUAAAUCCACCAUUAUAACAGUAUAUUUAAUUGUUUGAAGAGGUUAGAGGUCUCUGUGUUGUAACUUGUGUGAUCCUGCUUCCUCUUCUCUGUGAAUGAAUGGAAACAGAUUGGAAAAACUCCAGCGUGUCUUGGUUUGCUCUACAGUAUCUGGUCUUGGCUUACAAUAGUUCCCACUGUGGUUCCACUCAAACUUUCCACAUUACUGAAACAGGCUUAGCAAUAAAAUGAUGGGGGCUUUCUCUCCAACAAUUCCAACAACAAGAGCUGGGAGAAGCUUGCAAGUUGAGUCGAGUUGUUUUUACUUUUGACAGUUCUGACAUUUCCUUUUCAUGCCUCCUAACCACUGUAAUCUUUGCAUCACAAGAUAAAAAAAAACCCCAGCCUUUUAACUGGACAUUGUAGCAGAUAACUCGAACAUUUUGCCCUCUGGAUUCACUCAUUUGAAAAAUAACGGCAGCUACUUUUAAAAAAUGGUCACAAUCUUCCAGGAUGAACAUUUGCAGCUAAGAAAAAUGACAGUUUUACCUCAAGAUUUCCG